AUGUGGGAGUACUCAGAAGAAAAAAGGAGCAUGUCCAGGGAUGCUACAUAUCUCAAGCUAGAGUCUGAAGAUGAGGAUGAAAUGAAUGAAGCUGGAAACGUACUUGGGAAUACAAAUCAAACCAUGAUCACAGAAUUCAUUCUUCUGGGAUUUGGAGACCUUCAUGCAUUAAGGAUCCCUACCUUCAUCAUAUAUCUUGCAGUCUAUAUUGUAAUAGUAAUUGGGAAUACUAUGCUCAUGGUGAUUGUGUUGACCAGCCACAGCCUUCACAAACCCAUGUACUUUUUGUUAGGAAACCUAUCAUUUAUAGAAAUCUGGUACACUACCAGUGUGGUUCCAAAGAUGCUGAAGACAUUUCUGAUUUUAAAUGAGACCAUUUCUUUUUCAGCUUGCUUUUUCCAGUUUUAUGUCUUUGGCUCAUUGGCAGUGGCUGAGUGCUUUCUCCUAGCAGCAAUGUCCUAUGACCGCUAUGUAGCCAUCUGCCACCCUUUGCAUUACACAAACAUAAUGACCUUCAAAUUGUGUCUUCAGUUAACAGCAGUGUCAUGGAUUGGUGGGUUUCUGUCUACAGUGGUCACCACAAUAAUGGUUUCCAUGUUACCUUUCUGUGCUUCUAAUCAGAUAGACCAUUUCUUCUGUGAUUUAGCUCCCAUCAUUAAGCUUGUAUGUGGAGACACAUGGAUGGUGAGGAUUCCUGCUUUUGUUAUUGCAUCAUUUGUGUCUUUCUGUCCAUUCUUUUUAAUUAUUCUAUCCUACUUUAAAAUAAUUUCCACUGUCCUCAAGAUCCCAUCAACUAAAAGCAAAAAGAAAGCUUUCUCCACAUGUUCCUCACAUCUUAUUGUGGUUACAGUGUUCUAUGGGACACUGAUAGUGGUAUAUGGAAUUCCUACAACAACUUGGUGUCCAAGCUUAAGCAAAAUUUUCUCUGUGCUGUACACAGUAGGGACACCAAUGGUUAAUCCCAUUAUAUAUAGCCUGAGGAAUAAGGAAGUCCAGAAUGCAUUUAAAAAGUUAGAGGAAGAGGUUAUGAUAUCAGACUCUCUCUAUGAGAAAGUGGAUUCCAUGUCUGAAUGUAUUACAGAGGCUCAGUGCACCUAUUUCACCCUUAACCAAUUUUUCCUAGAGAUUUCAGAGGAGCUUUUUAAAGGUUCAGGGGAAUAA